AUGGCACCUCCCAAGAUCCCCGUCGCAGACGACUUUCCGUCAAACGUGACCGUAGUAAUCUCCUACCCGGGCUCACACGACACCACCCCUCCACCAGCCGCAGAGAGGGCGCCAAACAUACUCCUCCUCCUCCACGGCCUAGGCGACACAGCCACCAAAUUCGCCUCCUUCGGCCGCGCGCUCAAUCUCCCCGAGACAAUCUGCAUAACCGUCCAAGCGCCGACGCCCUUGCCGAGCAGUUUCAUCGAUAUCCCCGGUGGCGGAUAUCAUUGGGGCAAUGACAUUGUAUUCAACAACGACAACGAUGCCCGCACAGAAGGCGCGCUGGCUAUGGAUGCGGGCUUUAAUAGGGCGCGGAAAUUGCUGGUAAAGGACGUUGUUACGGAUACUCUAGUCAAAAAAUAUGGGUACAAGUUACGCGAUAUAAUGUUCCUGGGCUUUGGGCAGGGAGGCAUGGCGGCGCUGGAUGCUGCGAGGGAGUUGGGUCUACAUCCGCCCGUUGAGGAUGAGAUGCCCGUUGCAGCAACGAUAUCAUCUUCGACGGAGGCGCAGUGGACCCCGUCAAGUGCGAGUGCGAGAGAAGGAAGGGGCAAAGUAGGUGACAAACAGUAUCAUCCUUCCUUGUCUGGUGUGGUCUCGUUUGGAGCUGCGUACCCGUUAUCAGCAAGCACCGUUGCUGGCGGUGGCACCAAGGACAGAACGCCGGUGUUGUUGCUUGCGGGGAGAGAUGAUGGGUCUUCGGCUGUGACGGAUACGGCGCUCAGAAGGACGAGGGAUGUCUUUGAGUUUGUGGAGAUACAUCGUUGGAAUAGACGCGGGGAUGGGAUGCCGAGAAGUAGAGAGGAUAUGUUGCCUGUUAUGCAGUUUUUUGCGCGAAGACUGAAGAGUAGGAAGGGUGUACCGGAUGGUGCUAUUGAGUUGACCUAA